AUGGCCAUCCUGAACUCGUUUGUCAACGAUAUCUCCGAGCGCAUUGGUACGCCCUCCCUCUACCUUUUCUUCGUUGAGUGCACCCCGAUACCAGGGAUCUCGAACAAGGCCAUAGCCAUCCUGAACUUGUUUGUCAUUGUGUUUGAGGCAGGUGCACCCUGUACCGGUAUCUCCAACAAGGCCAUGACCAUCCUGAACUCAUUUGUCAAUGACAUUUUCGAGCGCAUUGUGUUGAGGCAGGUGCACCCUGAUACCGGUAUCUCCAACAAGGCCAUGGCCAUCCUGAACUCGUUUGUCAAUGAUAUCUUCGAGCGCAUUGGCAUACCGGCACUCAGUGGCAUCUCUCGUCUAUUACUACCAGCGCUCACCGGCUUUUCUCGUAUAUUUGUUGAUUGGCGACUGGCAUGA